CAGUGGCGGCGGUAGAAACAUGACCUGAACAACGUAAACGCAUUUAUGCAGUAAACCUACGCAGAAAUCGCUUUGAAUUCAUAAGAAGGCUUAUCAAACUAUCAUGGCCACUCAUUUUGCCUGUCAGCCUACAGAGCCCCUUGCCCACAAGUACCCUCUGGUGCAGAAAGUGGAAAAGUCACAUGGGGCAGUUUCAAGCUAUGAAGUCUUGAAUUUAGGAGAUAAAGCACACACCAGAUUCCCUCCUCCUGGUUGGGAUACAUCACAAAGUUCUGAAGAAUCAAUCCCACUUUGUCAGGCACCCGCACCAUGGAAAGGAAAGAAAAAAUUGAUUGGUCCUGAUCCAUCUCUCUGUAUUUCACCUGAUAAGGGUUCAACCUAUCAAAAGCAGAGUCAUAAACCAAUGUAUCCCAUUCCAAAACAGCAUGAACAAGAACAUUUGAUAGGUCCAGACCCAGACCUGUGUAUAACUCCAGAAAAACAGUUAGGGGGUGCUCAGAAGAGUAACUUGAAACAUGACAAUGAAGAUCUUUUAAAAGCCAAAAAUCAGCAUAGGGUCAGAUUUGAGUUGGAAAACAGUCUAAGUGAUUCUGAUAAGGAAAAUUUGAAUGACAGUUUAGGAAAAACCAGUGGACCUGGCAAAACGUACAGACCAUCAGCUUACAGUGAAAGUGGAAAUAUUGAUGGUGGAAUUUCAGAAUCAUCUAGCAAACCUAAACAAUAUACCAUACGACAGGAUGAUCUACAAACUGUUUAUGUGCCAUUAGGAACAAACACAGAUAAAGUGCCUCCAACAAAUAAAAGUGCUGAAACUAAAUAUUCUGUCUUACCGACUGUUUUACCCAAAGAAGAUAAUUCUUCUGGGAAAGAUAUUGUAAUCAAAACUAAGAAAUCAGGUAAAAAGAGUUCUAAAAAAGUUUUAAGUGAAAAUUCAAAACAAACAGCACCCAGCAGUGGUAAAAAUUUUAAGCAGACUGUCAAACCAGAGGUAGAAUAUAGCACAGCAGUGCCAAAAAGAAAAGUGAGGGUGACAAGAGAGUCGAAGGAUGAUCUGUUAUCUAAUGACUAUAAGUUUCCAUUUUCCGAAGAAGGGGAGACAGCAUUAGAGUAUGAACAUGUGUUUACAAGGCCGGAAUAUAAUAGUACGCUAAGGAUGCGGACCGAGUUGGAACAUAUCAAAGGCAGCGAGGUUGAUGUUCAGAAGGCACUUGAACGCAAACUGCAAACAUCGAACAAGAAACAGACAGAGAUAAGAGAAAAGGCUGCAUCACGAGUGAACCAAGUUGACGAGGAAUUUGGAGGUCUCGUAUCACUACACAUACCUGUGGACAAUUUAUGCUCUCAGAUAGAAAAGGAAAAGACAGAAAGAGUGAAACCAAGUCAAGUAUACAAGCCACAGGUAUUCAAGGACAGGAAGGAACCAGAUCUGAUGGAACUAUUUACCCCUGACCUUCAAAAACAGUACCCAGAGUUAUCUGUCCCUGGAUUGGCCGUGCCAACAGAAUCUCUAUCCACAGCCUCACAGCACAGUGCGUUUGACCUUUAUAGACACAACAGGGUUUGGGAAGGAACAAGUAACUUUAGGGGAGGCAACAAAUAGUUGUAUUUAGAUUUAUUGCAUUAACAUUCCUUGAGAUAGUCAAAAUGUCAGCCUCUCAUCUUAUAUAAUAA